AUGUCAGGCUUCGCGGGCCGCAAAGGCCAAAACGUGUCGCAGUACCUCCAGGGCCUCAACACCAUUCCCACCCGUCAGGAUAUGGCCACUCAGCAAGACAACCUUGGCUUUGACGAAGACCUCUCUCUCUUCACCAACACCGAGUUCUUCGACUUUGACCUUGGAACCGAGAUGCCCGCGGCAACUUUUGACUACGACGCGACGACCGAGCAGCAGCAGGCCAAACGCCGUAACACUUCCGCAUCGUACAACCCAGCAGCCAACCCUGUCGAUUUCCCUCUUAACGGCGACUUCCAAGGCCUCGACUUUUCAUUCCCGGUUGGCAUCACGGAACCCAACUUCGCGCAUCAGCAGAACCCGUACCCGGUCCCGCAGCACCGGCCCAGCACCAGCAGCGCAUCCCCGCUCGCGGCGGCGUCGCCAGUGUCAGCCACGACGGGCAACAAGCGCAAACUGGACGCUCUUGCCACGCCUCCAGGCGCCUCCGCAGCCGCUCAGUCCGUCGAGGACAUGUCGCGGUUUGCGGCCGAGGAAGACAAGCGCCGCCGCAACACGGCCGCCUCGGCCCGCUUCCGCGUCAAGAAGAAGCAGCGCGAGCAGCAGCUCGAGAAGACGGCCAAGGAGAUGACGGACAAGGUCUCGACGCUCGAGUCGCGCAUCGCCCAGCUCGAGUUGGAGAAUAAGUGGCUCAAGGGCCUCAUCACGGAGAAGAAUGACGGCAAGGGCGCCGGCGAUAUCGCCGAUCUCUACAAGAAGACAAUCGGCACCACCGACAAGAUCGACGAGCGGAGUAACGGCGAGCGCACCGACGGCGUUGGCACCAAGUCCGACGACAAGGCCUAA